CGGUGAUACCGAUCAGUGAGUCCGUGGUCGGGUUCACGCGAGGAGCAUCCAGCAGCUCAUCCGCGCGCGCACGCACGCACGCACGCACGCAGCGGAGGCUCGAGGAGCGGGUGUGAGCGCGCGGACGCUGCAGUCCGGAGGUCCCGGAGCUCAGGCCGGAGCGGGCGCGCUCUCUCCGCGUGCCCGCCGCACCGAGCAGCCUCAGCGCCGCAAGCCGGCCACAGCCCACCGCAGGGCGGACGGACAUGCUGCCGGGGGCCGCCUCGCGCCGCGGCCGCGCGGAGCUGUGAGCGCGCUCUCGGCGCCGUUACCGGGGAUGGUGUCGGGCUGCGGAGCGGAGACGGCGGGGUCAAAGUUCGGCGGCUGCUCCUCGCGCACGCACGCACGCACACACGCGGGGCCGGAGUUCCAGUAAGAGCCCCGCGCACGCGCAGCCGCUCUCAUAAACGCAGCGCAGCUCGCGGGCGGCGGACGGAGGACGGACAUGUACUCUCCGCUGUGCCUCACGCAGGAUGAAUUCCAUCCUUUUAUUGAAGCACUGCUGCCCCACGUCCGGGCCUUCGCAUACACAUGGUUCAACCUUCAGGCCCGUAAGAGGAAGUACUUCAAGAAGCACGAGAAGCGCAUGUCCAAGGAGGAGGAGCGCGCCGUGAAGGACGAGCUGCUCGGUGAGAAGCCCGAAGUCAAACAGAAGUGGGCGUCUCGCCUCCUGGCCAAGUUGCGCAAGGACAUCCGGCCCGAGUUCAGGGAGGACUUUGUGCUGACGGUGACGGGGAAGAAGGCGCCGUGCUGCGUGCUGUCCAACCCCGACCAGAAGGGCAAGAUGAGGAGGAUCGACUGCCUGCGCCAGGCGGACAAAGUGUGGCGGCUGGACCUGGUCAUGGUGAUUUUAUUCAAAGGGAUUCCCCUCGAAAGUACUGACGGGGAGAGGCUGGUAAAGUCUCCUCAGUGUUCGAACCCCAGCCUGUGCGUGCAGCCGCAUCACAUUGGAGUUUCAGUCAAGGAGCUGGAUCUCUACCUGGCCUACUUCGUGCAUGCAGAAUCCGGCCAAUCAGAAAGCCCGAAUCAGGCCAGCGAAUCAGACAUCAAGGAGCAGCCGGAGAACGGUCACCUGGGCUUCCAGGACAGCUUCGUGACACCUGGAGUUUUCACGGUGGCCGAGCUCGUCCGAGUGUCUCAGACGCCCAUCGCAGCCGGCACCGGGCCAAACUUCUCGCUGGCCGACCUCGACAGCUCCUCCUACUACAGCAUGAGCCCAGGAGCCAUGAGGAGACCACUGCCCAGUACCUCCUCCUCCAGCUCUGCCAAGAGGAUAAAGUGCAUGGAGGAGGACGUGGACAGCCCGGGGGAGGAGUCCUACUACCCAAGCCAGGGUCGGUCUCCAGGCAGCGGCAGCCAGGCCAGCAGCUGGCACGACGUGGAGCCAGCUGGAUAUAAGCUGCGUGGCUCUCUAGCUAGCUCUUUCAUCUCCCGACAAGGGAUGCCGUCACCCGCCAGCGCUCUAAAGAGGUCAGAGAAGUCCGGUUUCUGCGGCACUGCGCCUUCACCGAGCGGCGCUUCCUCCACCUCCUCCUCUUCUUCUUCCUCCUCUUCCCCCCGAACGGCUUUCACACACCAUCACCGGCCCGUCAUUACCGGGCCUCGAGCGAGCCCCCACGCUCCCCCUUCCAGCCUCCACUUCUCCUCCUCCCCCAUCCUGCAGCAGCCUGGCUCCUACUUCUCCCACCCAGCCAUCAGGUAUCACCCGCAGGAGACGCUCAAGGAGUUCGUCCAGCUGGUCUGUCCUGACUCCGCCCAGCAGGCCGGACAGGUGGGCUUCCUCAACCCUAAUGGUAGCUCCCAGGGAAAGGUCCACAACCCUUUCCUGCCGACGCCCAUGCUGCCUCCCCCACCGCCUCCUCCGAUGGCCCGUCCCGUCCCACUGCCUGUUGACGCCAAGCCGCCCUCCACCUCCUCCACUGAGGGAGGAGGAAACUCACCCACCUCACCCACCUACUCCACCCCCACCACGUCUCCAGCUCAGCGGUUCGUCAGCGUCGGACCUCGGGACCCCGGCUUUAACAUCCCUCAGCAACCACAGUGGUACCUGGGAUAAGGACUCCAGAGGCCCCUCCGCCCACCUGUACGACAGAUCGCUGCAGUCUCCUCUCCGACCUUUCACCUUUGAUGCCAGCUGUGACAGAAAGCCCAGUCUAACCUAUCCCUAUUCCUUUCCUGUUCCGCCUCCACCAGCACCACACACAGGCUCAGCAGCAUCAGCAUGGCUACAGCGGAUCAAACGCACCGUGACCCCCUGCAAACUGUAUAUCACAGACAUCCGUGCAAACGUAUGGUUCACACCUCAGUGUCCAUAUACAGUGCCAGACCCACCCCCCCCAAAUCCAACCAGGUUGAUAAGUACGUGGGCGACCUGAGCCUUUGGGAAAGACUGAGUCACAGAGCUUCUGACGACACAUAUGCUCUCCCAUCAUCCUUUGCAGCGGGUGCAUCCGUGGACUUACAGUCAUACGAAACCCUCCCCACACUCAUCACCUGCCCCCCCGUCUGGAGUCCGAUGGUUUGGGGGUUCGUGAAGUUGGGAUGUGGCACAGUUGGUACGAGGGGCCACCAACAUCGCCACCACCUGAGCCUUCACGGACUUCCUGGGAUGGACUUCACGCCCCUCGGUUGCUGGCAGGUCAGGGAGGGGGAAGUUGGAAGGCUCUUUGAAAGGACAUGGACCUGGAUGGAUGUGGAGGUGUGACGGGCGCAAACAGACGCCCCCACCUGUUUCACAGAAAUAACAAGAACUUCAUGUGGAGGGGGGGGGCUGUGACGGGCGACUGGGUGGAGGGUGGGUAUAAUCGUGGGGUUUUAGGGUUUAAGGUUUUCUUUAUGUGAAGUGUUGCGACCAGAUGCUGGUGGAUCCGAGUUUGUUCCUCUUGGAUGCUUUUUGGCUUCACGGCUCAUUGAUUUUUCUCUUUUCGCCACCAUUUCAGCCUCCUCGUCCUCCACCAUCCACCCAUGGGGGUGAAGCUACAGCAUGCUAAGAGUGGGCCGAAAACUCUGGUGUCCGAAUCGAGGCAGGCAGAUAGGAGAGAGAAGAGCAACUCAAACUUUACCAGUGAAAUAUUGAUCAUGAGGAAAGUGCAAUUUUGUUGGCUAGUUGUUGGAUAGUUAAAUAUCUUUGUAAGAUAGCUCGUUGAAAACAGUUGAUGAAAAGUAUAUAUAAAUAUAUAUUUUUCUUCCUAGUCCGCUCACACCUCUGGGACUCUAAAAUAGCGGGGUAAAAAAGACAACCACACAGCGCUGAAGUCGAAACCACAGCCGGGUGAGAAAUAAGGCGAGCUGUAUUCACUUUUAUCGUUUCUUCUUUGUCGUUUGUUCAUCGUGUGAAGCUGUUAGAUGGUAGAAUGAGAAUCCCUUUAACAAAUAUCAUUUUAAACAAUCAGUCUUUUAAAGCAGCUGAAGUCUGCGCUUCAUUUUGUUUGAGGAGGGAAAAAUACGCCAAGCGGUUAACUUAUUUUAAUGAGCACAUCGUUUUACUUUCGAUCCGAAUUUAAUGAAAUCUGGAGAAAAAGUACCAUGUGAGUUUAAGCUGAAAAUAAUCGCGUGGUUUAAUCUUUUAACGGGUGCCGCCCAGUAAGGGCCGGCCCUGUGAUUGGCUGGGUCUCCUAGAGGUCGUGCCCAGCCAAAAGCACUUAUUCCCGCAGUUGGCCAAUAGGCUGUGAGUUUGUAAUCAGGGGUUUUGGUUUAGCUAUGAAGAGGUAGAGCAGAGGGUAACUCUCUGGAAGCUUUCGUCCACAAACAGACGGCCGACAGCGCUUCACGUGCAACUCAGCAUUUUAUCGAUCUUGAGUUUUGUUUUUCCUUUCCUAUACUAUAUAUAUAAAUAUAUACACACACACACACACACACACUUACGACCAUCCAGCGUUGAACAAAAGUGAAUUUAAGUGAAAAAGUUAUUUAAAAAAAAAAAAAGAACAAAAAAAUGCAUGUUCUAGUGUUAGUGACAGAUUUUUCCAUAGAUGAUGUAGUUAGUGAGAAAAGACACUAUAUUGUAAACCCAACAUCCGGCACUUGCCAGCAGCCGUCUAUUAGUUUCCUCUUGCUGUCCUUCACAAACAACCAGCUCUCUUCGCUUCUCGUCAUCUCUCCAUCCUUUUUAUUUCUCCUUCCUUCCUUUUCCUGCCACAACAGAUCAGUUCUGCUUCGGUUUCGAGACGUUCAUUCUUCCGUUUGAUCUCAGAUUGCACGGAAACACGUGUUCCUCAUCGAUGUGCCUUGAGCUUCAAUUCAGUCCUGAGAGGUUUCAUGAGAUCUGGCGUGGAGAGUCGUGAUUGGUUGUUUCUUUCCUUUAGUUUUCCUACUUUUCCUCCAUACCCGAGAUGUCGUAGAAGGCAUUGAAGCUGAGGAGGAACCCUUUGUAUUACGAGCUCUCGGGCCUGCGUGGCGUUCUGCCCCGCCCUCCAACACCUGCAGACCCGAGCAGAUGAAAUCUACACCAGCUACUAUCAGCUCCAUGUGCUAACAGCUAAAAGCACGCUGAAGUUUGGUGGAAUGAGCACCCAGUGCGAGGUCAUGUGACGUGAUGAUGUCUGGUUUGAACAAAAGGAAGUGAGCAGCACGGUUUGAGCCAACAGUUCUGCAGCUAAAAGUAGGUUUCAGGAAGUGCAGAGGUCAAAGUUCAGGGUUUAGCAGUUUGGUCUUAGUUUUACAGCUGAAAGUGUUCAGCCAACAGUUUCAUGAUGGCAGACUUUUCAGUAAGUGAGCCGACCACAUCACCUAAUGAGCAAAACGUCAUCCAGGUCUUGGUGGUCUUACGCACUUCACCUGAAGGCAGCUGGACUUCUUCUUAAGGUUCCUCACCUCACUGAGAGGCUUCCUCCAUCCUAAAAGUUAAUGUGGAGUCCUGGUAUUUCUCUCAGGACCUCCUCCAAGGUGACAACCUGAGACUCCCUGUUUCUAGAAUGGAGGAAGUGUAUCCUUUAGAAGUAGGAUGAGGAGUUCACUCCUCCUGCUCCUCCACAUCAAAAGGAGGCAGCUCACCUCAGAGAUUACAUAUCUCGGCUGUCCUGGGAACCAGCACCGCCGCUGUCCUUGGAGGUGGCAGAGGCAAGGGAAGUCUGGGCCCGGCCCCAGAUAACCUGCAGAAAAAGUCGAGCAGCUUUAAUGAUAAAUGUUAACAGAGCAGCAUAUUUGUUCGCCAUGAGCAAAACAAAAUGUGAACGAAUUAACACACCGACAGGUUUUAAAUAUCACUCUGGGUCACCACACCUGAAUCAAAUGAUAAGUUCAUUACCAGGCCUCUGGUGGUAAUUUAGCCAUUUAAAUCAGCUGUGUUGGAUCAAGGAGACAUCUAAAACCUGCAGGAAACCGGCCCUAUUUUAAAGCCUGGUUAGGACACUUUUGGUCCGAUGCAUUCCAGACCAGCUUGUUACAGGUGUUUAGAUGGUCACAUGAUUCUCUGAGAGUCUGCUACGCCUGGUGUGAGUAGGCUGUCACUGCAGGUGUGCUCAUUGCACUGACCUUCACGCUCGUGUUGAAGGGGCAGACUGCUCUCCUGCGAUGACUUGCGUCUGUUGCUGCGAUCUCUGAACAGCAAAAAAACGUUUCUUUCACGUCUUCCUGUUUCCAUUUUCAGUCCGUCAGUUCGUCUACUUUUGUUCCCACAUUUGAAUAACAAGGACAUAAAAUAUGCAAUACCUGCUUGCACUCAGACUUACGUAGUCUUCUGUUUCGUCUGUUUUGUGUUUGUUUUUUUCUUUCAACCAAAGUUAGCGUGCAUGUGACUUCUGUCAUGCUCCAUGGUCAGUCCCUGAAAAUGGUGAAGCCCCGCGGCGCCGCUCAGGGUGAUUUACUCCGUUUCUUCCUUCCUUCCUUCCUUCCUUCCAGACAACCACAGUCUGACAUCCGGGUCUCUCUUUCCCAAAUCCUUUUUAUUUGAUUCCUUUAGUUGCCUCCGACAAGUCCAACUUCUCGUCCAUCGUUCGGAAACGUUUCCGACGCCACUGCCCGCCUGCUGUGACGGCGCCCGCGGCUGUGACGGUCGAGUGGUUUCUCUUGCGGGUGCCGUGUUUCUUCCUCGUGUUUGUUCUGUCUCUGUUCUUGCCUACCCUUUAGCCAUGAGUUGGGCAUUAAUUAUCUGCACUAAAUAUGAAAUAAAUAGUGAAAAGUAUGAAAUUUAAAAAAUAAAAAAAAUAAAAACAGCUUCCAGGGCUUAAAGCGAGUGAAGGGAAUAAAAUAUUGCACGGACAUUUUUUUGAAAGUGUCAGAAAAACUAAAAAAGCAGCCUAGCAUCUAAUCAGCGACGUACGGCUGCAUGUAAGAUAACAACCCAAUUGCACCGUUUUUAAAGACAGAAGAUGAUAUAAAGCAAUAGUUUGGGCAGCGUGUUUUGUUCUCGUGUUGUGUCAUUUAGUUCAGCGGCGAAGAGACGGGCGGUGGGCAGAGCAGCAGCUGACUGCAAGACUUGUUUGUAUGUUGUAUAGUUUUAUUAAUUACACUGAUUUUAAAGCUGCCCUAUUUUCUAAUGCAGGACUUUUGUAACAUUGAUUAAAUGAGGAAAAAGUAGUGUUGUGAAUUUUCUGAUCGUUUGUAUCGAGGCCACAUUACUAGAACUGGUUGGUUUGUUUUCUGGGAACUGGACUUGAGUUGAAAACUUUCCUGUUUCCUGAUUUGAUUUCUUAGUUUUUCCUUUAUUUGUUUUCCUUUUUUUGUGUAUUUAAGGACAUUUCCUCUGUUGAUGGUUUAGCAUAUUCCUGCACUUACACGUUUGGGCGCUGUGGUGAUCAGACCUUUGUAAAUGGAUGUUACAGUAUGCUGUAUGUUUUUGAAGGUUCUUUGUUGCAUCAGUGUUGAUGAAGCUAAAUCCAGUAAUUCUGAGGAAAAUUGGUAAGAAAAGCGAGUUUUUUAUGCAUUUUUAACAUUUUCGUUUUAGGCAGGAGACAAUGACAUAGCCAGCCAAAGGAUGCCCCUACUAUAAAUGCAUCUCGGCAUCUUUUUUUGUGUUCACCAUUCCAUGCGGGAAAAUAAACAGCUUGAUUAUGCAA